AUGGCUCCCAAUGAUGGUCCCUCCCGUAUGCAUGGCCUCCAUGGCAAGAAGCUCAUCUACUUCACCUCGGUCUUUGUCUCGUUAGGUGUCUUCCUGUUCGGUUACGACCAAGGUGUGAUGAGCGGUAUCAUUACCGGCAUGUACUUCAAAAGCUACUUCAACCAACCUACAAGAGCAGAGAUUGGCACAAUGGUUGCCAUUCUCGAGGUCGGAGCUUUUAUAUCCUCUCUUGGUGUAGGCCGUAUUGGUGACAUCCUUGGUCGUCGACGCACCAUCAUGUACGGAGCUGUCAUCUUCGUCAUUGGUGGUGCUUUCCAAACUUUUGCUACCGGCAUGUCUAUGAUGAUGCUUGGUCGUAUCAUUGCCGGUCUGGGUGUUGGUGCACUCUCGACAAUCGUACCUGUGUACCAGUCUGAGAUCUCACCACCGCACAAUCGUGGAAAGCUGGCUUGUAUUGAAUUCACAGGUAACAUUGUGGGCUACGCCUCGAGUGUGUGGGUCGACUACUUCUGCUCUUUUAUCGGAAACGACUGGAGUUGGAGACUUCCCCUGUUCAUGCAGUGUUUCAUGGGCUCCUUGCUCAUCCUUGGUUCCUUCUUGAUCUGCGAAUCUCCCAGAUGGCUACUCGACAACGAUCACGACGAAGAAGGCAUCGUAGUAAUUGCCAACCUCUAUGGCAAGGGCGAUAUCCACAACCAAAAGGCUCGCGACGAGUACCGCGAGAUCAAGAUGAACGUUUUGCUGCAGCGCCAAGAGGGCGAGCGUAGCUACAAGGACAUGUUCAAGCGCUACUACAAGCGUGUCUUUAUCGCCAUGUCUGCCCAAGCUCUCGCUCAGCUCAACGGCAUCAACGUCAUCUCAUACUACGCUCCUCUGGUCUUUGAGCAAGCUGGUUGGGUCGGUCGUGAUGCCAUUCUCAUGACUGGUAUCAACGGUCUUACCUACCUGCUUUCAACGAUCCCACCUUGGUACUUGGUGGACCGCCUCGGACGUCGCCCUAUCCUCAUGGGAGGCGCCCUUGCCAUGAUCGUCUCGCUCUCCGCCAUCUCUUACUUCAUCUUCAUUGAUAUCCACCUGACACCCCGCAUGGUUGUCAUCUUCGUCAUGAUUUACAACGCAGCAUUCGGAGCCUCAUGGGGACCAAUUCCCUGGCUCUACCCACCAGAGAUUCUUCCUCUCAGCAUCCGUGCCAAGGGAGCUUCUCUGUCUACUGCAUCGAACUGGGCAUUCAACUGGCUGGUCGGAGAAAUGACCCCCGUCCUCCAAGAGCUUAUUCAAUGGCGACUGUACCUGAUGCAUGCAUUCUUCUGUGCUGUCUCAUUCGUUGUCGUCUACUUCCUUUUUCCGGAGACAGCAAACGUGCGAUUGGAAGACAUGAACAGUAUCUUUGGCGAUGCUACAACUAUUGCUCCUUCGCCUCAAACGCUUGCAGAGGCAGAAUCGCUUUUCAGCAGAAGUCCCGCACCUUCUAUGCAUCUCGACCGCGAUGGUAACGCGCCUCAAGACUCCAACAUUCCUGACCUCGACAUCGACCCUCCUGCCGUUGACGUUCAGAACGGCAAGCCAAUGUUCAGCAAAGACACGGAUUCAGAAGGCCUUGGAGGUUGGAUUUCGAACCUGGUCAAGAAGGGUAAGGGUGACGGAGCAUCAAGUCAUGCUGGAGGAAGUGGAAAAUAUAGACGUGUCGGACAGGAUGACGACUAG